AGGAUCCUUCCCUACCCGGAACUCACUAUAGAAGAGGGAAGUUCAGUUUCUUCUUUUCGCGGAAAGAAAAAGGUUUUUGUCGUUUGAGGCUGUAAAGAAUAUUUUCGUAUGACCAGCUUCUGCUUUGGAAAUACAUCAGUUUGAGUGCUGCGCAUAUUAUUUGAAAGAUUUCUUUAAGCUCAAAAGUAAAUUUGCCUGUGGAAAACGUCAAAUGACUGAGCUGCAGGUCCAGCAAACAACAGCACACUGGCCAAAUGUUCAGGAGAUGCCCUUCUGGCUUGAAAAAGCCAUCGCUUGGGGCCAAACUGACACUCCACACACAUGGAAAGACAUUUCCCUGCACUUGAAGAGACUGAGAGAUUUCCUCCAGCAGCUUCUCACAGAAAUCAGCAGUGUGAGCUCCACAACAGAAACCUUGAAUAGGCUUCCCUUAUUAGGUCAGCUUUUAGGCCGGCUGUGCUGGAACUCUCAUGUCACUGCAGAAGGUGCAAGCAGGGGACUUCUCCUUCAGUGUUUGUUGGCUCUGUAUUCUGAGCAUCCAAGCAAUGCAGUGGAAGGAAAAGCCAACCAGUGGAUACAGAAAGUCCUGUGUCAUCUGGCUACAGACGAAGAAGAUGGUGCAGCCGUGGUACUGAUGAAGCAUUUAGCAGUGCCAACCAAAGAGUACCAUCUUAACGUGCUGAAAAAGAUGGUGACAAGAAUACAGGAAAGCAUUGGGAAUAGUCGGUGUUCUGUGAGCAGCACAAAUAAGGGGUGUUCAUGUGGCAGUGUUUGGGCUGCAUCAGAGGCUUGUGUGCCUCUCAUCACAUGUCCUGAAGCGUCUCCUCUUAUUGGUGCUUUGCUGCAGCAGCAGAUGACUUGCAUCAGAGAAGGUCUGAGUGAAAACUUCCUUGGUGCUCUACACUCUGCCUACUCCAGAUGCGACCUGCUACUGGACGAGCAGGCAGUUGUUUCCCUGUGGUAUCAGAGCUUACCCAGCCUGGAGGAAGCUGUGCUCAAUCUGUUGGCGUCUGCUACUGCAGCAGGAUCAACACCAAGCCAGGUGGAGGAGCAAGUGUCGAAGUCGUUAUUGCCUAAAGCUUGUGCUCAACAUUGUUCAGUAUUCCUGGUUGUAAAUGACAUCUUCAGGACUGUUCUUAAACAGACUGAAAGGAAUGAGCGUGUUAAGAAUGUUUUUCAAACAUUUACCAAAUGCUUCUUCAUGGAGCUUUCACGGUUGCAGCCUCAGCCAUCUGCAUCUUUAAAAGCCUUCUUCCCACAGUCCCCUCCAAGUCUUCUGAUUCCUCUCUUUACCAUGCCUUCAGAGAUGCCUCAGGAGAGCUUGAAAAACCACUUGAUGUGGGUCAGCAGCUCAUUACAGAGGCUGACUGAGGAGGAAGAAGACGACGAAGACUCAGAUAGUGGCAACAUCAGAGGGAACCAUAAAGUGUUUGAGGCGUGGUUCCUGCUGGUUCAGUGUGCCUACUGGGUGCAUGUGGCGGUCCAGCUGCUUGUCACAUCAGGUCCCGAAGACUGUGGUCCCCUCCUCUGGUUACUGACCUUUUAUCAUCAUCCCACCAACAGGUGGCACCACAGAGCUUCACAGCUGGUCCAAGCCAAAGCAGCGUGGGACCACCUGUACAGUCUUUUCUCCACUGUAGCUCAUCCUCUGCCUGCUGACCACCUGCAGUCUUUUAUCAGUCUGCUGGCACCGAAACCCCAGCAGCCGUCACUUGCCCCAUCGUUGACCCUUAACCUUUUGGUUAACUUUGCUACUUUUGGUCAACUUCCACAGAGUACAUCAGCAGAGAUUACACAGAAGGUGGUCCAUCAGUCUGGUCUGCAGGAUGAAGCAGCACGUGUUCUCAGCUCGCUGCGUCUCAGACUGAAUGACCGAGGCAGCUUUGCAAACGACAGAGUUCAUCUCAGGAUCGAGGAACUUCACAACACAAUAAAAAAACAAAUGUAAGCCAGAUGCACGCUCACAAACUGACACAUAGCUGUGUUGUCCUGCGUUGGCGGGAGGUUGUUGAAAACGGCACAGUGAGGACAGAUUACAGGACAUGUGGAGGACAGAGUUAUAAACACAUACGUAAGACAGUUACAUGUCCCACAAGCACUGCUGAGCAGCGAUAGAUGCCCGUGUUAGGAAGCAUCUGCGUGUACGUGUCAGAGUCUGCCCGCUCACUAAAUUCCUGCAAUACAAGUCCCAUCAAACUGCACAGGCUGAACGCAAGACAACAGUAAGAAAUACCCAACAGUACCAGUGAUUGUGCUUUGCCUGUGCAAACCUACUGUGCAUGGAGAGUAGAUUAUUGUGAGUAUGUUAUAAAUUGUAAAUAGUUCUGUUCAUUUGUGUAUUGUGUAUUUCUUUGUAAUUGGGAAGAAUCACAUUUACUAUAACAAACUCACAAAUGUAAAUGUACUUAAUAUUUCAGAUUUCUAUGAAGAAUGUAGACAUUUCCUUGAUAUUUAGUUUUAAUUUGUAAAUUUACAGUGGAAUUGUAUUUAUUUUAUUUACACCUGAAAAAAGAAAAGAUAAAAAUCUAUCUACCUUCCUGUAUGUGUUCAGACAAGAGAUGCAUUUAUGUCAAAACACAGGAUUUCAACUAUUUUGUUUGAUUAAUUUGUGAAUAUGGUUUCUAGCUCAUUCACCUCAGAAAAUUUGUGUACAAUCUUAGAGCAUUUUCUGAACUGAGUUACUGACAAAAAUAGAUUUUCCUAUGGUAUUGUGAUUUGUAUCAAUGUGCUUGUAGAAAGAGAAACACUGACUUGCUUUGUUCUCUUACAGGAUAAACUUAUAUUUAAAUUUCACUCAUGCCAGAUUUUGAAUUUAGUUGCUUCUGUUUGCUUUCAUUUUUUGUUGUUUAAACAGAUGUAAUCUUUCAAAGUAGCUUGUAUUCCAUCUGUCUGGACUAGAUGGAAACUUUGCCACGGGGAGCAGGCGUUGGCUAGUUAUGCACCAUUUUAACUUCUUUAUUUUCAAGUUGUCCCACAAAUUUGGAUGAAAUGUUACAAGUAGAUUCCUGCAACUUUAAAAACAAAAACAGCAAUGCAUUUCUUACAUUAGACUUAGCUGAGUUUACUUUAUUUUAACCUACUUGGCUAAAGUUCUUUAAAUUUGGUUUAUACUGGUUUUGUCAUUUUCUCAUUAAUAGACCCCUGUGUGAUAUAAAAAAACAAACAAACUUUGGGAUAAAGGAAUUUGAGUUUAGGAUAAACAGAAAACACAAGAAGCAACUCUUAUUUUUGUGGAAAUGUUUAUUUACUAAAAAAAUAUUACUUUUCUAAAAUUCAUUAAACCAACACAGAAAAAUGCCCUGAGCUGUCUGGGGUCAGUCUUAUUGCAGUCAAGAGUAAAGUAGGAAUAACGUUUGUGAAAUUUACCUUCCCUUAAAGAAUGUCCAGUCUAAACUUCAGAGAAUCAGAUCAUGAUUUAAGACUAAACAGAUGUGAACUCAUUCCUAAACACACCUAUGGCAACUGCAUCAACUCAAGCUCACAGUGUUAAACAUGUCUGAUCUGUAAAAUCCCCAUUUUUCCUCCAUUAUCGUUCAAAAACGAUGAAGAAUGAUGGUUUUUAUUUUGCCUGACAAAGCUGUUCCGCUAUGGACAGCUUGUGUAGUCUCAAUGUAAUCGAAUACGCUGGAGCUUUCCAGUUGGCUGUAGAGCACAAAGGCAGCCUUCUGGUGUUCCUGCAGAGUCCCAGAGAAAUACGGCGCGAAUGCUGGAUCCUCGUACAUCCUCCGGGCCAAACUCUUGUUGUCUCUGUCCACAUUCUGCAAACCUACAAAAAAAAAAAAAACAUAAAAGACACACGCAUUGGAACAUUGUGUAACAUUUGGUCAUAGUUUCAAGCAGAUCAGUAAAUAAUUUUAGAGUCCAUAGCGAUCUGGGCCACAACGUUAAACUGUAGUUUAUUUGUCCAAAUAUUUAUCAGUGAUGAUUUAAUAUGUAUGGCUUACUGGCAGUUAGUGGCACUAAUAUGUAUGAACUUUUCUCUUUUGCUGCCAUUAACUCUAUUCUCCUGCUUUUUCUAUUUUUCUUUCAGUAGUAAGUAGUCUUGGCGCUUCCGAUAUGAAGCCAUUGACAGAUCUAUUGCUGCCAUAAACGGUGUACGUUGUUUUAUUUUUCAUGGAGCGUAACCCCGGCCCAGUGUGUGAUGUGCAGUUUACAGAUCAGUUGGUUUCCUUCAAAAACAAGUAUUAAUUAAACAAAGCUUAAACUUAUUUCCUGAUAAUUGCAUCAAAUUAAAGUUUUAACAGUUCAACUGAAUGAAGCGUCGGCUGUUUGUUUGUGACGUGCCAGAUGGAACCGGUUUUUGAUCCUGCUGUUAGUGGACUGGACUCCUGUUCCUGCUGAACUGAGCCAGUGGUUCUAUAGGACUGAUUAUCAGCUCAGUAGGCACAGGAAUCCCAGCCCAAAUGUCUUUCUCAUCCAAAGUUGGCUGUGAACAGAUUAUUUUGUACUUUGUCUUCAAUGACACCAAUGCAAACCUACCAGAAACCCGAUUCACCUGACUGUUCAAUUUCUGUAGCCGUCAGCAUAGUCGGAAGCUCUUGGCUGAAUGGUCAGAGUGGUUCGAGAAUACUGAUGCAAAGCUGGCACAGAAAGAACACUGCUGUUAUACCUCUGACUCUCCAAGCAAAGAUAGUUUUUCACCUGCCUAUCAGCCGACUUGUAUAAGGGCAAGCCAGCUCUACCUGAGUUAGUGCUGACAAAUGUUUUGAGCAACCAGACCGCCGCAGGGUUGAAAAGCAUGAGCAUUUGAAGUAUUUACUCAGGCAAAAACAAUAUUGCUAAGCUGAGUUAAUCCGACAUUAUUGUACUGAAAGAAAUGGCAUGGAGAGAUGUCUGACGCAGAUUUUAUACCAUUCGCUAAUGACGACACCGCACCACAACUGCCGUUAUCCUGCAUCUUCCGCUUAAGGUAUAUAAAUGGUGAGAACUAGCUUAGAAGUGGUUCAUCCAGGCAAAUUUAUGACACAAAUGUUUUGUGAAAGAGACCACUGUCCUGACAGAAGGUGAACCUUCACUGCAAUGUCAACUUUUCUUCCAGGACUGGCCUGUACCAGAUCUGUCUGCCAUGUUCCUUGUUCUUCCUGGUGCCUCUAAGGCCUUUACAGCUGAAUUUAUGCUGACUUGAAACUACACACUCUACUACCAGCCAGGUGUUAUCUGAAGUCAGCUGGUUGCACUCGCUUUUAUUAAGGGACACCAGAGUAAAGAGGCAAAACAAUAAUCAGGUUUCCUUCCACUUUGUAAAUUCUCACCACUUUGUAUCAAUCCGUCACAUAAAAUUCACACAGAGUUGUGGUUGUGUUGUGAUGUGAAUAUCUGUGUGACGCCGUGUAAAAUGCAAAAUGGUCACAUCUCAUCACCUUCUCUGAUGCCCACACACUGCCUCAUUUCAGACUAAAGAAUUUUCCAAUGCGCUCUUUGAAAUGCAAUCCAAUGCAUUUCAGCUUUUUGAAAUGCACUUGACAUAAAAGAGACAAUCAGUUUAAACACACAUGAGGGGAAGAUGUGGGCUUUUUGUGGGGCAAAUCAGUUUAUUUUCGGAAGCUUUAUACAGCGUUGCUUGAUCCUUUGAUGUGCAGAGAACCAUUUCCCUUCCCAUUAGAGAGUAAUAAAUCACCCUUUAGAUUCAGGCUCUGAUGGUAAUUCCUCUUUUUUUCUUUCUUUUUUUAUAGGUCUUUGAUGGUCAUUACUCUUUUAACAGGCCCUAAAUAUAGGUCUAAAAAUGGCAAGCUCCACAUGGCCCUCAUUGCUAAUUCACACAUCUGUCCUCGUUUAGUCGUCAUUUUGUCGUCGCCAAUGUAGAGCGCUGUAAUACCUCCUCACUCCAUAUAUAUUCUAGCAGAAGAUGUAAAAAAGGAACCAAGACUGACCAGUUUGAAAUUCAUUUUCAGCCAUCUGUCACGGACGGCUUAGAUCAAGGAGCAGAGUGAUCUAGAAAUGCAUCACAAUUAGCCUAUUACACAUCAGACUCUUCGCAGACUGCACACACACACACACGAUGCAGCUGAAGUUAAUGCUUUAAGUUGGAAUUUUGCACUCUUUAGCAAACAUCCCAGCUUCAGAUAUCAACAGAUUGGCUGUCAGAAGAUUAGCUGGAAGGAGAUUUAUUUUUCUUCUUUUUUUUUUUUUUUUUUUUGAUUAGUUAGAACAUGCAAAU